AUGAAAUUAAAAAUUGUUCUCUUAUUUACAAUCAUCUGUCUUAUAUCAAUAAGCACUUUCUAUAUGACUUUGUAAAACGAUUAAACUCUACUUAAAUUAAAGACCAAUCACACUUUCAAAGGUACAAAUACCAAACACACAGGAUAUUGGAAUGGUGAUUUAUAAUGCACUGCAAAAUGCUAAGCUUAGGAUGGGAUCAGCUGUGGUUAAGCUUGGUAAAAUUGUUGUCGACCUUCAUAAUGCAUAAGUGAAUGGUAUGGUGCUAAGAAUUGUAAGGACCGAAUACCAGUUCCUGGAUGCUCAGAUGAUGAAAAUUGA